AUGGCAAACGAUAAUUUUAAGUUCUCUCUACGCUCAAUUGUUGAGAAAAACAAGCUCAAUGGAACGAACUUCCUUGAUUGGGAAAGGAAUCUGAGAAUCAUUCUCAGGUCUGAGGGACCUGAGGACGCCCUUGCAACCCCUAUCCCGAUAGUGACAGAAACAUCAUCUGAUGAGAAGAAGGCAAACACAAUUCGGCUGAAAAACGAAGCAUUGCCUAUCACUUGCUUAAAACUUGCCGCAAUGGAACUUGAAUUGCAAAAGAGGUUUUUAAAUUUUGAUGCCUAUACCAUCAUAAGUGAACUGAAAACAUUGUUUCAAGAUCAGACAAGGAUAGAACGAUAUGAGACUCACAAGGCUAUACUUAAUAGCAAACUUGUAAAGGGAAAACAUGUGAGUCCUCAUGUAAUUAGUCUUACUGGACUAUUCAAGAGGGUGGGAAAUUUGGGAACCCCAUAUGACCAAGAGUUGGCCACUGAUAUUGUUCUUAGAUCCUUACAUGAUGGUUUUACACCAUUCAAAAUGCAAUACCAUAUGAAUGGUCUAAAGUAUGAUUUGAAUGAGCUCCAUAACUUGCUUAAAAAUGUUGAAGUCAAUAUGAUUGAUGACAAGAGGAAGGAAGUUCUGAAUGUCAACAAUGGGAAGGGUUUCAAGAAGGUGGCCAAGAAAAGGAAUAAUAACCAAGGGAAAGACAAACAAGUUGUCAUACCCAAUGGUGGUGGGAAGCUAAGGGUAGCCUCUGAUCAUGAUGUUUUUUCUGCAAAGCCAAGGGACACUAGAAAAGAAACUGUCCCAAGUACCUAG